UAGAAACCCCAAUUCCCCUUCCAUUACACAAGCAUAUAUACAUACAUAGAGAACCAAGCAUUUUCUAGAGAGAAAACCCUCGUCACAGCAUCAAGAAUCCCAUUCAAGAUGAACGGCUACUCCGACGUUGAUGAUAUGAAGAAUAAUAUUGACAUUGAGGCCGGUGAUGGGUUACUGUAUCCGGGAAUCGGCUACGGCGAGAAUCAGCUCCGAUGGGGUUUCAUCCGCAAAGUCUACGGUAUUUUGGCUGCCCAGAUCCUCCUUACUACUGCUGUCUCCACCGUGACUGUUCUUUACGCCCCCAUCAAUGACCUUCUCCGUGGAAAUUCUUGGAUUUUGCUCUUCCUCCUCUUCACUCCCUUCAUUUUGUUGUGGCCCUUGCACAUUUAUCAACAAAAGCACCCACUGAAUUUCGUAUUCCUUGGGCUCUUUACUGCUUCUCUGAGUCUCACUGUUGGCGUGACCUGUGCCAAUACUGAAGGAAGAAUUGUGCUCGAAGCCUUAAUCUUGACAUCAGCUGUAGUUGCGGCUCUGACCGGGUACACUUUCUGGGCUUCUAAGAAGGGCCAGGACUUCAGUUAUCUUGGACCAAUCUUGUUUACUAGCCUAAUUGUACUGGUUUUUACUGGUUUUAUCCAGAUGUUCUUCCCUCUUGGAUCUACCUCUACUGCUAUCUAUAGUGCAAUUGGUGCUAUAAUUUUCUCUGGUUACAUAAUUUACGACACUGACAAUCUGAUCACGCGCUUCACAUAUGACGAGUACAUCUGGGCAUCUGUCACUCUUUAUCUGGAUGUUCUCAACCUAUUUCUUACCAUUCUGCGGAUGAUGAGACAGGGAAACAACUGAGAUGACGUGUUACUGUGUUACCGCCUGACCUCUGGUUUGUCCUAGAUGGUCUUAUUUAGUAAGUACAAAAGUUACCUAAAUGCAAAUUGUACAUGUGUCCGCGCCUGUGCGUAUGUUGCUAUCUAUAGAUUUACAAAUGUUCCUAUAAACUUGAAACAGUAAUAUGCAUGUAAUCGUUUCUGUCAGCGUGUGAAUUUAAUUUUCCGAUAUAUGAUGUUUGUUUCAUC